AUGCACGAGGAUUGCAUGAAGACGAGUAUCCACUACUCCAGAUCUCUUGCAGUAUUCGUUUUGGCUUUGCCCAAUUCAGUUUCUUCCUUUGUCCCACCUGCAAACGAUUACAUUCUAAGGGAAGAUUGGCGUCCUACGAGACCACUUAAAAACCAGUCGAUUCAACAAAAAGAAGCUGGAAAAGAAGAAGAUGAUGAAUCCAGUUCCAGCUAA